ACGACAUCUCGCCGCCCGCCCAUUCAUUCGUAAACCUUUCAAGCACCUACAAGUCACCAUGCUUACAAUGCCGUCCUACUCCGCCGCCACGAUCCUGCUCUUUGGCAUCACGUCCUUUGCAGCAGGGGCCACAUCUCUCGUCUGACGCGAGCCGGCCCUGGCAGCGCUCAACCUGCCCACGUCCGCGCUGCCCGCCGCCCGCGGCAACUCGCUGGCUGCCAUUGCCAUGGGCAUCUACUACACGCUGGGGGCAUGCCAGAACAAUCGCGCCUUCUUCCUGGCCACGGUGCCCAUGCGCCUGCUCACCACUGCCGUGUUCUGGGGUCAGAAUUGGAGGGCCGCCGCGCUGUGGGAAGGCAUCGGCGCACUGUUGACGGAGUCUGGCGUUGGGGUACGAGCACGUCGCUGCGCAGCCGGGGGGCGCAAAGAGGAAGAAAACGUAGUAGGAUGCGAGACGCUGUCUAGGUUAAUUUAUCCUUUGUAACCUCAUACCUAGCGAGAGAGGAGCACAAAUUCCAAGCACGGCCAGUCGAGGAGGGUGCUGAUGUGCAAAGUAUUGUUAAUUAUGUUGUAGGAUCGAAAAGCGAGAGUGCAUCCCUGAAACAGAGAAGGAUAAGUUCAGUUAAAUCACAAAGUCAUUAUGUCCACUCGUAGAGAAAUAAUUCCCCGCACUCCUUGACACUUGUGACGACGCGGAAAACACCCAAACCGCCAGCCCGC